AUGGCUAGUCAAAGUGUUCCUAUGGACGAAUUGAAAAAUGACUUGAAUGUUGCACCUGACCACGAGAACAUCUGCAACGGCAAUGUUACUGAUAUGGAAGUGGUGGUUGGAGCUGAAACUAAGUUUAUUGAUGGUCACGCAAAAGGUGAUGUGGAAAGAACUGCAAAUGGUGAUGAAUUUGGCGGAGACGUUGAUGGUAAUAAUAUGGAAGGUAAAUACCACACUCCUGAGACUGGUAAUACUGAUAAAGAAAAUGAGACACCAGAGGUUGUUAGCAAUGUCAGUUGCACCAAGAUUAAUGAUGAGGCAACAACUAAGCAGUCAGAGCGACAAAGUAAGAAACCAACCAAGAAUAAGCGUCGCUCCAGUGCAUCGUCCAUCGCAAAGCACAAAAGACCGAAACCUAAACCAGUUACCACAUCAACAACGACAAAUACCACACAGGUUUCAACUACCGUGUCGGCACCUUCGUCAACAAAGUUUUUGUUUGGCUUGUUGUCUCACAAGAAUUACCAAAUAAGAAACCCCGUUGUCGCAUUCGACACAUCACUUGAAGCAUCAAACGAUUGGCUCACUUGGAUUCGUUUAGAAUUGCUUGAGUUAAUGUUUGAUUCGACUUGGAAAGAAGAGGAAGACGGCACUGCUGCUGUGUCACUGAAUCAGCCUUCUUCCUUGAGUCAAGUGUUUGGCGAAUUUGCAUUGAUUGGGGUUUCGUUGGGUGAUUACGCUUUUAGAUUUAGUGUGGUGUUGGCUGUUGCUGUGGUGAAGUUGUAUUUACAUUUGAUUUGUGGUUUGAUUGGUGUUGCGUUGAGGAGAGUUGGGCUUGGAGGAAAAGGCAGAGCAAAGAGUUUCUAG